AUGUACUUGAUUAAGCAUAAAAACAUUACUGAUUGUUCAUUAAAUAAAUCCAAUUUACAUUUAAACAAAUUUGGAUCAGCAUCCUUUGCAAAUAACUUUAUAGAGUUUUUUACCACUGCUUUCAGGUCUACUGAAGAUAUCCAAUAUCCAACAUUUACCAGCAGUUUUAGAACGCAUAGUGAGACGGUUGAGGUGUAUGAUUGUCCACCUGAUAUAUCACCGCAAAUUUCGGAUAAUAUGUUAAAUCCCGCUGAAGUUUUAAAAACUCUUAAAUGUUUCAGAGUUGGUCAUCUUAAUAUUACAUCGCUCGUUAAACAUGUCGAUGAAUUAAGAGUCUAUAUGAGAUACGAACCAUUUGAUAUACUAAGUAUAAACGAGAGGCGCUUGGACGCAGAUAUAGCUAGGGAUACCGUUGGCAUCCAGGGCUAUGAUAUGGUAGCUAAACACCGUAACCGAGAAGGUGGCGGUGUUGCACUUUAUUACCGAAGCACUCUCAAUGUUAUAAAUAGAACCGAUUUAGUCCCCGCAGAAGUAGAAGCAGUCUGCCUUGAAAUAAUAAAGCCUAAAUCCAAGCCCAUGUUUGUUGUGUCAGUGUAUAGUCCACCAAACACCAGCAUUGAAUUGUUUGAGAAAAUUGAAACAUUAUUUCAAAAUUUAGACAACGAAAGAAAAGAGCUGAUACUUGUCGGUGUCUUAAACUGUGACUUCAUAAAAAUGCUGCUAACAACCAGAUGAAAAGGCUGAUCGACUUAAUAAACGUAUUCCAAUUAACUCAGUUGAUUAAAGAACCAACAGGUAUCACAGAUACCACAGCUACUCUUCUUGACGUGGCCAUUGUAAGCAAACCGGAUAAUAUCUGCAGAUCGGGAGUUUUGCAUAUAGGAAUAAGUGACCACAGUUUAAUUUAUGUUUUCAGAAAAAUUUCUUUUGUUAAAAAGAAGAGAUAAAAACCGUGAACGUAAGGAAUUAUCGAAAUUUUAAUCAACAACAUUUCAAUGAUGAUCUAUUUCAUCAUCUAACCCUUUUAAACUCGGAAACUAACGAUCCAAAUAUACUUUGGAAUAAUUUUGAGAAAACUUUCAAUUAUGUCUCUGAUACCCAUGCUCCUUUACGGAGCAAGAGAGUCGCCGUGGCUUACUGAUAAAAUAAAACUCGAUAUGAAUCGUAGAAACUAUCUUAAGAAAAAAGCGGUAAAAAAUAAUUCUUUGUGGUAUCAUAAUGCUUAUAAGGCUCUACGUAACAAGACAAACAAAGAUGUCAUUUGCGCUAAAAGGAAACAUUAUGUAAAUCAAUUGAGGAAACCUUUGGAAACCCUAAACUUAUGUGGAAAUACUUAAAUUGUCUGCUGAAUAGAAAGUCUAAACGUACUGGUAUACAAGCCAUUAAAACUGUCGAGGGAGACGUUGUCGAGAGCCAGACAAUAGCCGAACUGUUUAAUGAGUAUUUUUCUAAUAUUGGUCCGACCUUAUCAAACCAAAUAACAAGCAUAAGUAGCCAGGGUUUUGAAAGUUACAUGACGCAUGAAGCUUCUGGAAUAUUUGAAUUUGCGACUGUUGAUAGCACAAUUGUACUUAAUGAACUGGAAAAUUUAAACUCGUCUAAAUCGAUAGGCCCAGAUAAUAUCACAGCUAAACUGUUAAAAGACUCCAAAGAGACAAUUGCACCUUUCUUGGCAUAAAUAUUUAAUACUUCCCUAUGUAGCGGGAUAUUCCCCGAUAACCUUAAGGUGGCAAGAGUCUCACCAAUUUAUAAAGAAGGUAAUAAAAAAGAAAGAGGUAAUUAUAGACCGAUAUCUGUUCUUACGGCUGUCCCUAAACUAUUCGAGAAGCUCGUAUGCAUACAGUUAACAGAUUAUUUAAAUGCAAAUGACAUUCUAAGCCCGUGUCAGCCAGGCUUCCGUCAGAACCAUUCAACAAUGUCGUCCUUGUUGUCAAAUAGCGAUUCAUGGCUUGUCAAUAUGGAUGCUGGGCUUGUAAACGGAGUUGUAUUUCUUGAUCUGCGUAAUGCAUUUGAUAUGGUUGAUCAUGAAAUCCUCAUUAAGAAGUUAAAAAUUUAUGGGGUUCAAAAUACUGUUCUCAAGUGGUUUAUUUCAUAUUUAUUUGAUCGAAAACAGUUUUGCAAGGUGGAAAUUGCAGCAUCGUCAACCAAAAAUAUACGCUGUGGAGUUCCGCAGGGUUCAAAUCUCGGUCCAUUGUUAUUUUUCUUGUAUGUCAACGAUCUCCCGCACUGUCUGAGACACUCUAGUGCUGAAAUGUAUGCGGAUGAUACGAAUUUGACGGCGUGUUCCCAUGAUAUUAACAAUUUACAAGCCAUUUUAAAUUCGGACUUAAACAAUAUCCAUCAAUGGAUAGUAGCCAAUAAAUUAACUUUGAAUGUUGGUAAAACAGAGUAUAUGAUUAUCGGGACUAUUCUCAAGUCAGAUGGAUAUUAA